AUGGCAGAUGCAUUUCUCUUUCUUACCGAUGGUGGUCGUCCAAGUCUGACUCAAAAUCAAAUAGAUUUACUUAAAGAAAUACAAGAUGGAAAUCAACAUUAUGAAGGAAUGAAACGUGCAUUCGGUAUUGUUACAAAACUUGAUUAUUGUCAUACUUCAGAUCAGUUUAAUGAACAUUUCAGAAAAGCACGACAGGAAUUAGUGAAUAAAGGAUUCAAAGAAGAUCAUAUUUUCGCCGUUUGUUCCAUCAUUAACCUUCCAGAAGGAAAUCCUGAAAAACAUCAAACAAUCAUUAACAAAAUCAAAAAUUUCAAUGAUCUACAAAACGGUUUUCAACAUAGUAAAGAAGCAUUGAAUCGAUUUAUUGAAUUUGAAUUACCAAAAACCCAUUUAAAUCAACUAAUUGAUUUGGGAUGCAAUAAACUUGGCCGAUACGCGAUAGAGGGUCAGUCGAAUGCAAAAAACCUUUUUCCACCAGGCAUCAAUCCAGACGACGAAACAUCGUGUCAUGAUUACUACAAACAGGAAACUGAUGAAAAAUGGGAUGAAAUUUAUCAUCGAGAUUUUUUUCAACUAACAUUUGAUAAGGCAAAUAUUUGGCAGAAGAAAAUGCUAGUGCUACAACGUAUGCAAUUUAUUGAAGAAGUGAAACGAAGAUUUCACGAAUCUUUUGAUAGUCUAACAAAAAGUUUUAUUGAAUGUCCUGUUGACAUGCACAACGAGAUGAUGAAACAAUAUAGUUAUACUGCCUUGCAUUCUACUUCUCAACCUAUUGACGAUCGAUUACGUGAAGAUUUAUCAUUUAAAUUAGAGACAUUUGUUUCACAAACCGUGAAUACCUUAGCACGAUAUUUAUAUGAUGAAUACGUUAACAAAUUAGAGAGAAUUCUUAAUGAAAUCAGUCCUGAAGAAAACGAUGAUCUUUAUCGUACACAGAGAUUAUCCUAUGAUAUAUGCAAACACGAGAUACGUGCUAUCGUACUACACACUUGUCGUCCAAUUAUAACCGCAACAUUACGGUUUUCACAUUCGGAUAAAGAUUGUAGAUGUUCCGCUGUUAAUGAACUGAUACGAAUUGCACCAACUAUUGCGUGUCAUUUAUGUGAAGUCAACAGCAGUACAAAUGAAAGUGUAACAACAAAUCUGAAGACUUGGGCACCAGUGCUUAAACAAGGUAUUGAAUAUGCAUUGGGAUUCUGUAGUAAAACUGGUGUUCAAAAUACGAUUGCGUCAGAAAUUUUCAAAUUCGCACUCAAAAAAUUCUUGUGA